GAAGAAGUACCACAGGAAGUACCUCAGGAAGUGCCACAGGAAGAAGUGCCUCAGGAAGUGCCACAGGAAGAAGGACCACAGGAAGUGCCACAGGAAGUGCCACAGGAAGAAGUGCCUCAGGAAGUGCCACAGGAAGAAGGACCACAGGAAGUGCCACAGGAAGUGCCACAGGAAGAAGGACCACAGGAAGUACCACAGGAAGAAGGACCACAGGAAGUACCUCAGGAAGAAGGACCACAGGAAGAAGGACCACAGGAAGUACCUCAGGAAGUGCCACAGGAAGAAGGACCACAGGAAGAAGGACCAUAG